UUUUUUUGAACAGCGACUUGUUAUUUCGACUCAUUUCUUUCGAUUUUUUCACGAUGUCGUGGUUCAAGAACAAGCAAAAUACUAGUUGUUUAAGAAAUUUAUGUAGUAAUGUUCUUAAAGCCGGUGAAAUCCCAAGACACGUAGCCAUUAUUAUGGACGGUAACAGGAGGUUUGCCAAGAAAGUGAAUUGUGAAAGAUCCGAAGGCCACGAAAAGGGUUUUGAAAAACUGACCGAAGUAUUAGAAUGGUGUUUUGAGCUAAGUAUACCAGAAGUAACAGUAUAUGCAUUCAGCAUUGAGAACUUCAAACGUUCUAAGGAUGAGGUGGACGGACUCAUGGCAUUAGCCCAGCAGAAGUUUGAAAGACUCUUAGAGGAGAGAGAGAUGAUGGACAAACACGGUGUAUGUGUACGUGGCAUAGGAGACCUGUCAAUGCUUCCACAAGAUUUACAAAAAUCUAUAGCAAAGGCCGUUAACUUCUCCAAGCAUAACUCAAAAGCAAUAUUAAAUGUUUGUAUGGCAUACACAUCAAGGCAUGAAAUAACACAAGCUGUGAAGCAAGUUGCCAAAGGAGUUGAAGAAGGAUUCUUGAAACCAACAGACGUCAGCGAGUCACUGCUAGAAAAAUGCCUCUACACUAAUAGUUCUCCUCAUCCAGAUUUAUUGAUAAGAACAUCAGGAGAAGUGCGUUUCAGUGAUUUUCUACUUUGGCAGUGCUCCUAUUCUUGUUUAUCAUUCAAAAAGGUUUUAUGGCCAGAGUUUUCAGUAUGGGAUUUUUACUCCUGUAUUCUCUCAUUUCAGUGGAACUAUGCAAAUUUACAAGAAGCAAGGAAAGAAGUUAUCAACCAACAAGUAAAAGCUGAACUUGAGUCAGACUUGAAUUGCGUUCUUCAUCAGUUUGAUAAUUUGUUGAUUUCCAAUGGUAACCAUAGCAAUGGUUCARGACAAAUKGUAGACCUUGAAAGAAAACCAGUAUUAAGAGAAAAAUUGGAAGCAUACAGAGAUGCCAGACAGCAACGAAUCGGUGCAUUUCUAGAUAAUAUAGAAUUGCAAAGAACUGAAUUCUUAGAAUCAUUGUGUAGUGAUUCAUCGUGACACAAGUAAGGGUUUUUCUAUGGGAUCUGUAUAUCAUUAUCAAUUCGAAUGAAUUAUGAUUGCUUUAAAAGUUUAUAAUGGCACUAUGCUGACAGGAGUGUGUGUUUCAUUUAUAAUAGUGAAAGUGUCUGCUURUGGCCAGAUAUGAGACUGCAUUAAUGUGAAUAAGUUUUGUGCAAAUUAUUAGUUCAAAGGACAAUGAAAAUAUAGGAUUAAAUCCAAUUUAGGUUUAUUUUUUUGACAUUUUGACUUUUAUUUUGACAAACACUAUAUAGCCUUCACAGCAUGUGUUUCCAAACGUUUCURCCGGAGACAAAUGCCUUUCAGGGUAACCCAAUUAGUUAGGUACAACUCUACUUGUUUGAAAUAUAUCAAGACGUUUUUAAACGCACUGAUAAUGUAAUUACUCCUGAUAUCGAAAAAAACUAUGGAAAACUUUUGUCUUUUCACGAAUGACUGAACUUUAUGCACGGCGCGUCGUGGCUUGAUUCCUUUGUGUGUGACUAACGAGGCAAAACCUGUAAGUCCGGCUAUUCCAAGAUGUGAUGUGACGUCAUAUUGAGACUUUUAGUCGAUCUAGCGAAAAUUACGCUUCUGCCGACACAAARUAAGAAAGAAAAAAUUAUGGGAAUUUUUCAAUGUCCGUUUUAUACUGCGUAUUUUUGUGUACGGCCUGUCUUUAUUAUAAUGGACACAUCAUCAGUUAAACAAUUAGUACUAAUUGUUAAUAGUCUUGAAUAGACUCCAGGAAACGCAGGAAUUAGCAUAAGUUAUUGCUAUGAAUAUAUGGACCGCAUGGCACAAAAAAGAACAUUAAAUGGAAAUGAUGAGAARUAGAUAUAUUCGAAAAUUAAAUUUCAGACUUCGCUGGGAUUCGAACCCAGGACCGAUGGUCUACCAGCUGMUCUACAAGUUUAGACUSAGAACAGGUUGGAUUGAAAUAGAUGUUAGCUCGCGGCAAUUGAAAUGUAAUCAUAUGAAUAGAGUGAAGUCAUUUAACCCGUGAAACGAAAUUUGAAAAUUAAAGUGUGUUAUUCAAAGACACAAGAAAACAAUGCAACUAGAGCGUAAGGUGUAUUAGUGUAAUAUUUAUUUCACGGUUUUUGUUUACUUCACUCUAUGUAGACCGCGUGACACAYAACAUCUAAGUUAUUACCAUAUUUUGUACGGUGCAAGUUUAACAGUUGUAAUAAAUGUGUUCRCCAAAUAACAA